CGAGCGCUGCAGGUUGAUCGCCGCGGCUGCAGAUGAGCGGAGCCCGCGCGGGCGGGGGGGCGGCCGGGGCAGCGCCGCCGGGGCCGGGUCGGCGAUCGGCGCACUAUGCGAGGCCGGGAGGAUGGCGGUGGAAGCUAUCCAUUGCAAUCUGAAUCCAAAUGGUAUUGACCAUCCUGUCCCCACAGAAGGUAUUAAUCUGCAACUCGAAGGUGAAGGAGUUGAAUCACCCUCAGUUAAGAACACUAGUGCUCCAAAAGGACCUGAGUCAAAAGAGACACCUAAGAGACAAGUGGAGCCAGAAAUAUCUAAGUCCGGGACUGUGAAGCUGACCAAGCCUGUGGCAUUAUGGACCCAGCAGGAUGUCUGCAAAUGGCUGAAGAAACAUUGCCCUAAUCAGUAUCAAAUCUACAGUGAGUCAUUCAAACAGCAUGACAUAACUGGCCGUGCUUUGCUGAGACUUACUGACAAAAAGCUUGAACGAAUGGGUAUUGCCCAGGAAAGCCUGCGACAGCACAUUCUGCAGCAAGUCCUUCAGCUGAAGGUGAGAGAAGAAGUCCGAAACCUCCAGCUGCUUACACAAGCCCCAGCAGAGAGCUCUCCAUAAACAUUUCCAGCCUCUAAAGCUGCUGUCCUGCCACUUGAUAUGAAAGUGAACUUUCCUUCAUGAAAAAAACACAAUAAAUGGCGCUGCCAGAAAAUGACCAUGGAGGAUUGAAGACAAACUUGAAGUAAAAUCAUCAGACUGAGAUGAUGCAUUCUGGGAAGACCUGGUUUGCUGUGGAGUAAAAACGUGGUGCAAAAUAUCCAGUGCUAAUUUGCUGAAAAUGGUCAUUUACAGACCUUUAGCUGGAAAAUUUCUUCCAGUUUUCAUCACUGUGCAUAACUUUUGAGUUCCCUUUAGGGGACUGUCUAUGCCCUUCACUAGAAGUCCUGUUUUAGCAUGGCAACUACUGGAUUCUUUUAUUAUGUAUGCAGAUGGCAUGAUGUUUUAGGAAAAACUUACAGCAAUUCUCCAAUCUCAGUGGAUAUGUUCACAAUAUUACACCCUGAUAGGAAUGUAAACGUCUUGUAUGUGUUAGUUUUGCAGUCUAAUGGUAUUCUGUUAAACAAUAUCAGCACUUCAUAUGUGCUUUCCUCACAGAACUAGCACAGUCCAUAUAUAUAUAUAAUGGUCUUUUUUUAAAAUACUGAGGAUAUGUUUCAGUAUUUGUGCUGAGACUGCAUCCAGACUGAAGCCCACUACUAUCAUCCCUUCACCAAUUCACAUUAGAUUGUGUAGAUAGAUUUGCACGUGGCAGAGAUGUGACUUCUUUUAUCAAGACUUAGAGAACAGCUGUCACAGAGGUAGCCAAGAACAGGGUAGGUUGACUGAGCUGUAGGACACUGUGUCUGCUCUCCCUCUAAUCCACCACAUAUCGAAAGUUCUCAUUUCUAGUGUGCCAAUGUGUUUUCUUACACAGAGAGGGAGAGGCAAGGGAGAGAGCCUUUCUCAGAAAUGUGUGUGACCCUGGAUUUGGUCUACAGUAAAAACAGAAUAAACUGGAAGAAUUCAGGUUCUUUAUGCUGGCCACCAUUUAUGUUUUGGGCAGGGCUGGGGAAUCAUAGUCCAAACCAAACUCUCUGAAAAAGGUAAAGUGUAAGAUUAUACUUCUGAGGAGCAAGACACUCCCUUUGGAGAGGGCAGACUUCUUCAUUAACUUUUUCCACUUUCUAUCCAAAACAGUAUUUUGGUAGGAACUGGGAAUAAGCAAAUGGUUCCAAUAAGCCUUUCAAUAUACUGUAGCAGGCUCAAGACUGUUACAUUCAAUCUGAACAUUGUUUUCUGUUCAGUCUCUGAAUGGCUGGCCUCAUCACUGGUUGUAUCACAGCUGGCUGUGGUACUGUUUCUUCAAUGGGGACUCAGUUGAAUUAAUGUCUGUCCCUCACAUCAGGACCUUCGUGACAUAUUCUUUAUAAUGAACUGAUGUCAUCAGCAUACUGAGGGGGCUUAUCUAUUUGUUCCUUCUUUCUUUGAAAUCAAAAGUAGCUUUAUUUAAAGACUGUCACUCUCUCCAGCCUGAUAGACAGGUACUAUGCUGUUAACAUUUAUUCCAAAUUGGGUGAGACACAAUACUGGUGUGAAGAUGCAGUGAUGGAGAGAGUGUGCAGCUAGAGUAAAUCAAAGGCAACUUUCUAGAGGAAGCUCCUGUGUUAAAAUUCUUAAAAACUGUUGUGCAGUUCAUUGCUAGAGAAUGGAAGGUCAACCACUGAGGAUGCCUGUACAACAAACAGAUAAUUAUCUUCAGGGUUUAAUUUUUUUCAGAUGGUUAUGGUCUUAGGUUUCAGCUCUCCACCCAUCUCAGAUUCAGCAUGUUGGAUACUUCUACAGUAUUCAGUCCAAAAGAAAAUUAUUUUUACUGAUGACCAGGAUUUUCAGAAGUCAAUAGUGAUUUCUAAUGGUUUGGGUCUUUCCAAAUAGAGCUCCCAAGAAUUAAAAAGCAGUAAACUUCUACAUUCUCUUUCUGAAAAUCCUAGUCCCUAAUUUUAAAUUAAUUGGUGUAAAAAUUCUCCUUAAGACAUGAGAAUCUUUGCCAACAGCGACAUUUGCACUUUUUAGAACUUUUCAUAGGGUUGCAGGUUGGAAUCUGAUACCAAUAGAGCCUGUCUUGCACAUGGCACAGGUCCACUGUAAGCUUCAGCGAAUUUUACAGCUCUUUCUGCUACAGGUUUUAAAAAUGCACUCUGGCAACUGACAUCAAUUUCAUGUUGGUACAGCAAUUAAAAAAUAAAACACUUUGAUUGAUAUGUUAUAUUAAAAGGAGAAUGCUUUACUUCCACAGUAGGAAUUCUCUUAUUUUACUACCCAGUGAAAAAAUCCAGAAUAAUUAGAAUGAUAAAAGAAGAGUUUAUCAGAGAGUGUUAUCUUAAAAGGGCGUAUGAGAAGAAGUUACGUUAGGCAGAGAGCCACUAGAAGCUUUUUUUGUAUCAAUGUUAGUUUUGAACAUCUUCCAGUAUAUGGGCAUGAAUUUAGAUGUGUGCACUUCUCCUGUUAAAACAGUUUGUUUUAAAAGCUUCCCAGGAUUUUAGCUAUGGUGACCUAGAAAAGCAGUGUUAUAGGCCCUGAGAAAUGUGAAAAUGAAGUCCAGAUCCUUGAGUAGCCAGACUCGGUGAGAAGUCUGCUGUAGGUGCCUAUCGGACAAAUCUUUUUUGAAGCUGGUGUAGGUCUCCAUCCUGCAGCCAGCCUAUGCAUGUGGAUAACUGCAAGCAUAGUUCCCCCGAGCCCCGUGACACUUCUCACGUGUGUAACUGUCUGCCAGAGCCAUAAGGAAAUAACUGUACUUUUUGGCUUGUAUUUAAGUAUUCAUUGUGUUUGGAUUUUUUUCAUCACUGUUAUUCUCCCAAAGUAGGCCAUGCUUCCUCAGGGAUAUUUAUGGAAUUGUUCUACAUCUCCUGAACAACUAUCUGGAUCCCAGCGUAUUCUUCUGAAAACUUUUUAAUAUAAAUAAACACGUGGGAGAGAUUUUUGUUGUUAUGAAUGGGGGCAGGUACUGUGUUCUCGGAAAAGCUAUUGAGUGCAGACAAUCAAGUUAUUGCAUUUUUUAUGCUGAACACCUUAUUAAUAGCAGACAUAUCCGCUUUUGCCUGGGUCAUAGGAACAGUUCAGGGGAAAGAAUGCUUUAUCUCCAGUCAAUAAAUCAUUUAUGUCGAGAGUGCCAAAGACCAAGUCAACAUGAAAGGGAGCAAAUAAGUUAUUCCGGCAAAGGAAGUCAAUUUAAAUAUGUUCAGAGCCAUUAGUUCGGUGCGAAAGAGUGGGAGACUAAUGCUAUUUUCAUCAAGCAGCCAUUAUCAGCCCUGUGGAGAUAGAUAAAUUCACAAAGGCCAAUGCUGCUGUUACAUUGAUCACUAGUUAUUAUCUCUGAGACAAGGCAGUGCUGCCAUCAGGACACUGUUCCCCUGUGCAGACCUGCAGCCUUCUCCUCUCCCUGGCGCCACACUUGCCUGGGUUUUUUUAUGUCCAGAAAAGUUGCAGCAUCAGACCCCACUAUGAAUCCCUGACAGAAGUGCAACCUUUCCAAGUGCUUCGAACCAUGAGAAGUCCUCCACCAGAAACCUGAAGGAAUUGCUCACUCCAGAAAGCACGCUGCAGCUGAAGGCAUCCUUUGCACUGUUUUGUUCCUUGUUUUUUUUUAUCUGUGUGGCUUUCUGUGCCUGAACACCCACUGUUUAUUCUGUUAAGGAAAAUGCAGUCUUCAAGGAGGGGAGUUUGAAAAAGCUCCUCAAGCUCUUUGAUUUUGCUUGCCCAGAUGCGUGGUAAUGCUCUACCAGUAAGUUCAUCCCUCCCUGUCUGUUCUUUAAGGGUAAGUGUUGUCGCUUGGCAACAGAUGUAACGUUAUUGAGGAAAUUAAACCAUUAAAAGUUAUACAAUUCUGCUUUGGUUUUGCCCUUAACUUUCAGAAGACUCCAGGCCAGGCCCCAGUGGACUCACAUUGGUGCUACUCCAUCAGUGUCUCCACAAAUGUGUCUAUCAGUGCCAGCCAUGGAUCCAGGACUGGGGUGGGUUUUUUUGUGAUCACCAAAAUGAACCUCCCUCCAGCAGCCACAAAGCCACAAAAUCUGUGUUAUUCAAAGUAAAGCAAAGUAAAACCCUGAAUCUUUCACAUUGUCCCCUUUAACAGUUGCCAUCUCUGCCAUCAGAGUCCCCUUGAACAGCCCCACUGCAGGACUGUGCUGCAAUUGACCCUGGUAUAUAUAGGCUGUGGUCAAUAAGAUUUUAAUUUAAAAAGAGAAAGUCCUUUGGUAUAAUUAAAAUUGAUGGGUGAGGGAAAAUUAUUACCAGCAUUACCUGCAACCUCCUAUAGUAAAAUUCAGGAAAGUAAUCUGGAGUGCAUAAAAAGCCACCAACAUAAUCUAUGGGUGAUUAGGCAGGCUCAUGAGGAUAAAUCAGCAAGGAAGAAAAGUAGAUGUUUAAUGAAGGAAGCAAAAAAAAGUAUGGGAAGUCAGUGGCAAAUAGGUUAGGGUUGGUUAGACCAAAGGCUUUACACAUAUACUAAUAAAUACCAUCAUAGCAAAGCUAAGUCUGAUGUUAGACAGGCCCAGCACAGUGAUUGUUCACAGUACAUUGAAAACCCAACAAAUAGUCGUGUUUUGUAUUUGAAAGCAGUAGAAGGAGGGAGUCAAAUUACCCAUUAAAAUGUAAUUCCUCCUAUUCCAUCAGUAAUUAUGGGUAAUAUUAAGCAGCAACUAUCCAAACAUAACUUUAAAUUUGUAGAAUCAUUAGCUGAAUCCAAAAGUGAAGGAAAACUUGACUAGGACUCUUCAGAACCAGAAAGCAUAAAAGAAACUUCAAAUGACACCAAAACCACAAUAAUUCAAAAGAAUGAGAGGUUUGAUCCAGAAAACUAUAGGCUCAUUAGCUUCCUAUCAGUCUUAGGCAAAGUCAUGGAAAAGCUGAUAUAGCAUAAUCAUUAAAGCAAUUAAAACUUGAUAAAACCCCUUCCAAAUUGAGAAGCAUGGGGAGUAUAUCUGGAAUGAUACAGUGGCUGCAAAGAUGCAGUAAGUAAUCCAUUCAACAUCAGCCCCAGAGAUGUUCUUGCCAGCUGGGAUAUAGGACCUGGCAAUAGUGAUGCUAUUCCAGUUCAUUUGGUUACUGUCAGUCUUUCAAAAAGGGUAUUGACAACUUGGAAAGAUUAUUUUCAAUAGCUCCCAGUGUCAUUCAAGGGCAGGAAAACAGGUCUUAUUAUAGUGUCAGACUAAUGAAGCUCAAGCUAUUAAUUUAUCAGAGGCAAUUUGAAGAGGUGACUUGAUCUCUGUCUGCAAUCACAAUCUUCUACCUGGGCAGGGAAGUGCUGUCUGAGGGCAGGUACCUCUUCUGUUUAAAAGAAAAGGGAAUGAUGUGCUCUACUGGUUGGAAACUGAUUUCAGGCUAGAAAUUAAGUGCAAAUACUCAACAGGGAGGAUAAUUACUCGUGGAGACAACUUACUUAGUUAUCUGGCAUGUUCUCCAUCCCAUAAAGUCUUUAAAUGUAUGCAAAGUAUUUUUCUAAGUCAAUAAGCUCUACCUCAAACUGAAAUCCAGGCUCGGUGCAGCAAUUACUGGAUGAAGUCAUUAGGCAUAUGUUAUGCAAGGAUUAGACUAGAUCAUCAGAUGUAAUUUAUGAAUUAAAAAUACCUUGAAGUUUCCAAUAUUACAAGAAGGCAGGGCAACCUAUAUCAGGUUUUUGGGGUUUUUUUCACAAAAUGGUCUUAAUUUAAACAGCUUUUAUGAAGAGCUGUGCUUGCUAACAUUUGGUACGAGCAUGAGUAGGUCUGCUCACAGUUUUAAGGUUCUGCUGCACAUAAUUAAAGGAAAAGAACUGGACAAGAAAGGACAACAGAAUCCUUGGACACAGUGAGAAAGUCUGUUGCCUUUCAUUAACAGCAGCCUGGGAUAAAAUGCUGCAUGCAAAUGAUGGGGCCAUGUGGAUGUGUAGUCUGAGCAAGCAAUAACAUCUGUGGGUUUGCCUCUUAAGGAGGUAGGAUCUUGCUGGCAAGAAACAGAUUUUCCUGCCUUCAACGACUGGCAGAGAAGCUGCAGUGCUGAUUGAGAGGGCGAUUGUAUCUCUGUGCAGCUGAGCAUGGUACACAAGUUCCUUGCUUCAAACACAGCAAACUGUUCUGCUCUUAUGACGAGUCCCAUUGGAGCUGGUUAAUAAAGCCCUGGAAGUGAAAUGACAUCAGUGGGAUUACCCAGAGUAACGACAGCUGCUCCCAGCAGUGGGUUUUUUGCAAGAUUGGACCCCAUUACCAUGAGCUGAUUUGAAUGUUGUACUUUAGAAAUAAGCACUGGACUACUCAGUGUCUGAUUCCGGUUUCACAAAACCGCUGUCAAUAGGUGCAAAUGUGAAACUCUGGAGCAUCUUCCAAGUUCUUUACCAAUCAGUGGGGAACAGCACGAACAGGGAUGUGCAGUAUGAAGAGUAAACAGUUCACACAAACAAGAGAAACUAUAAAAGCAAUACUUACUGCAGAUUGGUAUUGAAUCAACAUCAAGAAGCUAAAACAAGAAUGAGCUAACUACAGCCAUAGCUAAGAAGGUAAAGAUCUUUGGGGAUUCUUGCUCUAAUCCAGUGUGAAAUCCUAAGAAAAUGAGUUUGGGCUAGAUUUAUUGUUUAAAGAACAUCAGUACAUACUUGCUCCCUGUCAAAUAAAUUCCGAAGAGUCACUGGCUUCGGUGUGUGAUGGCUUAUGAGUGUCCUCACACUGCUGAGACACUGUGCAGCUCUGGAGGGGAGCGUUCCAUAACCAGCAUGGCUGGGAUACGGCUGGACAGGGAAGAAGCUGAACUUGCACAUGAGUGGAAUUGCCAGCAUUAUUAUAACACAACCAGGCUUAGUCUGAGAAUGAGAUGGAAAUCUCCUUUCUGAUACUAAUUCCAAAUAUAUCUAAAUAGUUUUUCAGAAGAAAAAAUCCUCUGUAGCUUCUGUUACAUCUCUAAUCACAUUCUUUCUGUUAAGUAACUUGCCUUGAAUUUAUCUAUUUAAAUAUCAUAAGUCACUAAAUUAAAUAGCAAAACACGGGGUUUUCUUUUUAAAGCAGGGAGAUUGGUAUUGCAGCAAAACAGCUUGUAAGCUAUUAGAAGCUGUGCAGGGGAGGAAACAACCCAACAAUUUGUCCCAUCAGAUGCUUAGGGGACUUGACUGGUUGAUUGACUUUGUUUCAAUAUUGAGAGCAAGGUUUUACAUCUAGACAGAGGUUUUCCUUACUGAACCAGACUUUGGUAAAGUAAUGUUGGAAGUCCUCUUAGGACUUCUUCUGCAGCCCUUGUAUUCAAGAGGCUCCUUCUCUGUGCUUCUUUUGAGAAAGGUAGAAAAGAGAUUAAGUGACAGUAGAGAAAACACAGAGGGACAGGAGCUUCCAGCCUGUGCAAAGCACCUCAGCAUGAGACCCAGUCUCAGCCUUCUGCCUUGACUCCAACACUGCUGAUGGAGGGGAGGAAUGAGGCCAUGCUGGGCUAACCUGCGAGUGCAGCCUGGUGUCCUUUUCCACGCUGCUCUCUUGCAGCCAUUGCAGGAGCCAUUACCUGGCAGAACUGGACAAUGCUCUGGCAAUGGGAAUGACCAGCAUUUCCACAAAGAGGCUGCAUGCUCUGACGAGAAGACUCUGAGCUGCUUGUCAAGGCUAAAGAGGCAUAUUUUUAAAUUUUUCAGAGUUAUUGCAGAAUCUGAAAGUAUCAGGGCCAUGCUUUGGGAUGUGCUGGGCUUUGUUUUCAGCUUUGCAGCUAUCUGGACCUACCCCACAAUUAUUAUUUCUUUUUCACAAGUGGGACUAAGAUGUGAGGAGUGCCUGCCUGGCUCUGUGCCAGCAAAUGGGGCUCUAAAUUUGGGGUACUCUGUUUUGGAGAGUUGAAUUUAAGGUGGUUUGAACGUGACCCUGAGGAAAGCAGGUAACUGACAGCUGGAAUUGAGGCUACACCUGAGUUGUCUCCAAAGGUUGCCCUCAAAUGAGCAGCCCAUGGACAGAAUCAGAUGCCAGGCUGUGCUGGUGCAUCAGCAUCGGCCACUGAUGAUGGACAUGAGCUGCAGGGAACAAGUGAUGCUGGGAUCAAGGUCCUGGGAAACCUGAUCCAGGACAGCUGGAUGCAGAAGGCUUACUGCAAGCCCAUGGUUAUGCUGUCUGGUCAAAACAGUCUCCUGAAGCCAGCAAGUUGUGUCUGGUCCUGCUGCCUUUGGAGUCAGUUCUGGUUUACUUUCACUAAAGAAAUAUUCUAAGCCAGUGAACUCCUUUUAAUGUUAACUUGGUUGAUAAUCUAGGAAGAUGCCAGCACUCUAAUGGUUAAGAAGUGACACACUGUUACUCCCAGUACAUCUAUGGCUGAACUUUUUAAUGAUGGAGCCAAAUGAGGUGGCAUGAAACAAAAGUGUGCCUUUUUGUUUGAUGUACUCUGCAUUUCCCUAGGCAUCCAAGGUGUUCACCUGCACAGCAGUGCUUUUUUCCGAAAACAGAAAUUAUCAUGCAAUCUAAUUUUUAGUAUAUGAAGUGGCCAUCACUGUUAAUUCCACCUUACAGUUUUUAUAUUUAGUCUUUAAUUCCUUCUGUUUUCAACAAUCAACAAAAAAUAAAACCCGGGUGGGAGGGAGGAAUUCUUUUAAACAAUAAAAUUAAAAUCAAUAUAAAAGUUUUUGGUAUCUUUGGGCAGAAUCUCUGGAAGCUUUGGGUAUCUGCUUUAUCAUUUUGUAUAUUUGACAAUUUUGUACUCUGCAUUGUUUGACUUCAUUUGUGCAUGGCGAUGUAUUAAAACAUGGAAUUUUUAUUAUACAGUAAAA